UUUUUCCUUUCGCGAUUUGUCAAAAAACGCGAUUAAAACGGUGUGGCCGCAGGGUCUGUAACUUUCGCCGUAAAAACGAGUCUCAUCUCGCUUUACCGUGCCCGAAAAGUGUAUCAACACUGACCUAAAGUGAGCAGGAAGCAAGCAAAACCCGAUUCAACAUGUCCCGCUACGUGCAACGUCCGGAAAACGCUCUGAAAAGAGCGAACGAAUUUAUCGAUGUUGGCAAGAAGGCGCGUGCCCUGGACACGCUCCAGGAGGUGUUCCGGGCGAAGAAAUGGAACUACAACUGGUCGGAGUCGGUCAUCGAACCGGUCAUGUUCAAGUAUCUGGAUCUGUGUGUGGAGCUGAAAAAGUCACACAUCGCGAAGGAAGGUUUGUUCCAGUACCGGAACAUGUUCCAGCUGGUGAACGUUGGCUCGCUGGAGAAUGUGAUCCGCGGCUACCUGAAGAUGGCUGAAGAGCGCACGGAACAGGCGCAGCAACAGUCGUCCCAAGCCAUCCUGGACAUUGACGAUCUGGACAACCUGGCCUCGCCCGAAUCGAUCCUGAUGAGUGCGGUGUGCGGUGAGGACGCACAGGAUCGUUCGGAUCGUACGAUCCUACUCCCUUGGGUAAAAUUCCUGUGGGAAAGCUAUUGCCAGUGUUUGGAGCUGCUGAAGGUGAAUUCGCACUGCGAAACGCUGUACCACGACAUUGCCCGGAUGGCGUUCCAGUUCUGUCUGAAGUACAACCGGAAGAUGGAGUUCCGCAAGCUGUGCGAGAAGCUACGCAAGCAUCUGGAGGACAUUUGCAAGGUUUCGUCGCAGACGGCGAACGUAAGCAUCUCGAAGCCGGAAACGCAGCAGCUCAACCUCGAAACGCGUCUGCAUCAGCUUGAUUCCGCCAUCCAGAUGGAGCUUUGGCUGGAAGCUUACAAAGCCAUCGAGGACAUACACGGGCUGAUGGCAUUGUCGAAGAAGACACCGCUGCCGAAAACGAUGGCAAUGUACUAUACGAAGUUGGCCAUGGUAUUCUGGAAGGCGGGCAAUCAGCUGUUCCACGCAUCGGCCCUGCUGAAACUGUUCCAGUUGUCGCGUGACAUGAAGAAGAAUGUGACGGCGGAGGAAAUUCAGCGCAUGACAACGCACGUGUUGAUUGCAACGCUGGCCAUUCCGUUGCCAUCGGCACAUCCGGAAUUUGAUCGGUUCAUCGAAACGGACAAGAGUCCGAUGGAGAAGGCACAGCGAUUGGCGUUCCUGCUUGGUCUGCAACAAUCGCCGUCGAGAGCUCUGUUGCUGAAGGAACUGAUCCGGUUGAACGUUUUGCAGCUGGCAGCGCCCCAAUUCCGUCACUUGUAUCACCUGCUGGAGGUAGAGUUUGAUCCAUUGAAUCUGUGUGAGCAGGUGCAGAAGAUCGUGGAUGACAUUGAGGCUGAUCCGAACUCGGUGUACGGACAGUACGUGCAAGCGCUGAAGGACGUUACCCUGGUGCGUUUGGUGCGUCAAAUCUCGCAAGUAUAUCAGACGAUCGAGUUUCCGCGCUUGCUCGAGUUGGCCAAGUUUGCCGACUACCAUCACCUGGAGCGCAUUUUGGUGGACUGUGUGCGUCACAACGAUAUGCAAAUUACGAUCGACCAUCGCAAUGGAUGCGUACAUUUUGGAACGGAUUUGUCGGAGAGCCAGCGAGAAGAUCAUCCGGAUGGCCCGACACUGCAAUCUAUGCCCUCGGAGCAGAUCCGUUCGCAGCUGGUCAAUAUGUCGGUGGUACUGCAUAGAGCCAUCGCGACGAUCAAUCCGGAUCGCAAGAAGGCCGAGCGGGAGCGAUUGCGGGCUCAGAUGGUGCAUCAGUACGAGGAGAACGCGGACAAGGAACACCAGCGCAUUCUGCAGCGUCAGAAGAAGAUUGAAGACCGCAAGGAGUACAUCGAGCGGAUGAACCAGGAGCGCGAAGAGGAAGAAUUGCGCCAGCAAGAAGAACAAGCGCGUAUGCUGAAGUUGGCCGAACAGCGUCGUCUGGAAGCGGAGAAUGAAGAGCGCGAACGCAAGCGACACGAGAACGAGCUGCAGAUGAUGAAGGAACGCAACAUGAAGGAAAAGAUCGAACAGAUCAAGCAAACGGCAACCGGGCAGAAGCUGCUGAAGAAGCUGGACGAGGAAGAGAUCCGCAAGCUGAACACGGAAGAGAUUGCGGCACGCGAAGCGGAAGAGAGACUGAAGGAGCGUAAGGCGCACGACAAUAACUUGAAAUCGCAGGAAAAGAAGAUCGACUACUUCGAGCGUGCCAAGCGGCUUGAGGAGAUUCCGCUGAUUGAGAAGUAUCUGCAGGACCGUUCGGUGCAGGACAAAGAGUUCUGGGAGAAGCAGGAAGCGGCCCGCAUUGAGGCAGCGAUAGCGGAGCGCAAAAAUGCGGAAGCUUGUCAGGAGCGGCUGAAGCGAAUGUUGCCCGAUCGCGACGUUUACUGGCAGCAACUGAAGAACGAGCGUGGCAAUCAAUUUGCCGAGAAGCUGAAGCAAUUCAAUCUGGCGCUGGAGGAAGAACGCAAACGUCGACUGGCCGAUCGAGUUGUCAAACGUCGCGAGGAGCGCCGUAUGAAGUGGCUGAAGGAGAAGGAAGAGGAACGGCGUCGUAUUGAGGAGGAAAUUCGCAAAAAGAAGGAAGAGGCAGAUCGCAUUGAACGCGAACGUCGGGCCGAGGAACGACGCAUUGCGGACGAGAAGAACCGACAGCUCGCCGAGAAGCAGCUGGCCAUUGCGGAAGAGGUGGAGCGUAGGAGGAAGGAAGAGUUGGAGCAGAAGCGGGCUGAGGAGGCGGAAGUUCGUCGCGACUGGCGUAGCGGUGGUGGUGGUGGAGCUUCUGCAGCUGCUGCAAGUGAGCCGAAACCGGAAGAUAGCUGGCGUAGAGGACCAGCGGCGGCUCCUGCUAAUCCUGCCGCCGAUGAGCCGAAAAAGAAUGUCUGGCAAGGAUCGGGCCGAUAUGGACCUGGACCUCGUGAGCGUGGUGCUGGUGAAACGGGUGCUAAAGACAAAUGGCGCUCGGGACCGGAAGAUCACGAGAAGGAGGGUGGAGCGCGCGACGGCGGUGGUAUGCGUCGGGGUGGAGAGAUGCGCCGUGGACAGGAUGAUCGUGGACCCAUCCGUCGUGGUGGUGAUGAUCGUGGUGAGCGUGACGAUCGUGGACCAAUGCGUCGUGGUGGUGCACCACCAUCGUCUGGUGGAGCUCCGCGUCGUGGAGACGAUCGUCCAGGCGAUCGCGGCUUCAAUCGCGAUCGACGUGAUGACCGUGGCCCACGUGGCGGUGACCGCGAUCGCGACAACACUUGGCGUCGCGGUCCGGCCGAAAGCAAUGAUGAGAACCGACGUGGCCCGGGACCGCAGCGUGACGAAGGACGGCAGGACACUUGGCGCAACACACGACAGGAGCCUGCACCAAAGCCGAAAGAGGAACGACCACAGCGUGAACCUCGCCCGCAAGAAAAUGCUCCUGCACGUAACAACGCCGGCCCAGAUGAGGAUGGAUGGACGGAUGUUAAACACCGUUAAUUAUGUUAAUAUGUAAGCUACUCUCCCGGUUUCCGCUA